AUGUUGAGGGCUCCAGGGGGCCCCCAGGAACUAGAGUCCCUCCAGGACCCAGGGGCCCCCCAGGACUCAGGGGCCCCCCAGGACCCAGGGGCCCCCCAAGACCCAGGGGCCCCCCAGGACCCAGGGGCCCCCCAGGGCCCAGGGACCCCCCAGUACCCAGGGGCCCCUGAGGGGGCCCUUGAAAGCCCCAUAGAUUUCGAUUCCUCUAUUGCCCCUGGGGCCGCUGGGGCCCCUGGGGGCCCCGGGGCCCCUGAAGUACCCCUUGGAGCUGCAGCAGCAGAAGAGGAAAGGGCACCGGCAGCAGACGGGGAAGCUUGUGAUACAGCAAGAGUAGCUGCAGCUGCUGCUGCAACAGCAGCUGUAACGGCAGCAGCAGCAGCUGCUGCUGCUGCUACAAAAGCAAAGGAAGCAAAAGAUUCACCGGGUGCAGCAGCAGCAGCAGCAGCAGAAGCGGCGACGUGUGCAGCAGCAGAAACUGCAGCAGAAGAAGCAGCUCCUGCAGCAGCAGAAGCAGCAACAGAAAGAGAAUCGGAUGCAGCAGCAGGAGGGGCAGAAGCAGCAGGAAUAGAGGAAGCAGCAGCAGAUGCGCUGAUGCAGCAGCAGCACAUGCAGCAACGGAAGCACCAGCGGCUCGCGCAGCAGCAGCAGAAGCAGAAACUGCAGCAGCAACUGCAGCAGCAACUGCAGCAGAGCCAGCAGCAGAAGAAGCAGCUGCUCAUACAGCAGCUCCUCAGCCAGCGAGUGCAGCAGCAGCAGCAGCUACUGCUGCAGCAACAGAAGCAGCAGCAGCUGACGACGCUGCAGCAGCAACUGCAGCAGAGGACGAAACAGCAACCGCUGCUGCAGCUGCUGCUCCUGAUUCCUCCGGAGCAGCAGCAGCAGCAGCAGCUGUUGCUGCUGCUGCUGCUGCAGCGCAGUCACCAGCAGAAGCAUCCGAUGCAGCAGCAGAGGAGUUAG